AUGGAGUCUCUACCGUACGAAGUGCUCUUGGAGGUCGUAGGAUGGGCCGCCGCCCUGGACAAGACGACUGCCUUUUCUCUCACCCUCACUUCUCGCAGCGUCAGACGUGCUGCUUUGCCAGCUGUCUACGCGCACGUCUAUCUCCGUUCAGGUGCCCGCGUCAAGAGUUUCGUUUCAGCUGUCAAGGCGCGCCCGUCUCUCGCCGCACAUGUCCGUCAGCUCUCUCUUGAAGAUGCCAGCCUAGCAUCCACGAGCGCUUGGAGCUGCGGUGUAGGCCCAUUCGACUGCGAUGACCACACCUCGUGGAUGGAUUUGUGCGCAAUGAUAACCCAACUCACCAAAGCUGGAACCCUAAGGUCUCUUGCUCUCUCAACGACAGCCAUCAUGCGUCUGUAUACCGACAGACACACGCGCUGCCCUCGUAGAGGAGACUUUAAGCCCGGUACUGGCCCGAAUUUGCCUGCCGCGCAUGCGUUCGGCAAUGCAAGGCUGUUGGUAGAUGAUCUCGUCAUUUCAGGCUGCGACGAGCAACAGCAUCUAGUCAUGAAGAACUUCCAUCCUCGAUCCACCCUGACCAUCUACGGUGACGAAUGCGUGUGGUCAUCCGAAAUCGUUUGGAGCACGCUACGCGCCUUUCGAGACAACGAGGAAGGGCCAGAGCAAGCGCAAUGCACAGAUCAUGCAACACCCGAUCCUGAAGCCUACGAAAAUAGAGUCGACGCACCUCAGUCAAAGUCUGGAUGCUCGGAAGUCGAGCUUCGGCUCGUUGUGGGAAGCGUCAUGGAUCCGCCACGUCUUGUACGGAAAGCAAGCGAGUUAGUUCUUCGUCGAGCUGGUGAAGACGCACCUUUCAGCAGCGUGAUCCUCAAGAUUCGCGACGUAGACGACCGUGCUGCAUGGGCUCAAGAAGCGGUGGACCGAGUCAAAGACUACGCCGGUCAAGUACCGAUCGAGAUACGUCGCUGGCACGUUCACGGUGGACGGUUGGUGCAGUAUGCAGCCGAGCGCAUGGACUGGUCAAACGGAGUCUGCUUUGAGACAGUCAUGGACGACACCGAAUCAAUCAUUGAGGGACGUCUCCCAACGAGCUCGUGGGGUCCGCACCAACUCUCUUGGUGCGGCAUCUCCCAGUGUAACCCAGAACUCGGCUCUGAUCCGUACAACGUGCGGCACUGGGCACCCACGACUGCAUCACGCAACAGCCCAAACCAUCCCUUCACCAGCUUGGAUUCGUGCUAUCCUCGAGACUGGCAUCGCUUCAACUUCAUGUCGUGAAUCAAGCAGCACAGCACAAGGUCUUUUUCAUUUGCGCAAUCACGGAACAUUGUAAAGAGGCGACAGCAAAACACCUCGCUCCGCUCGAUGACCUGUACUUUACGUCCACUGCACGCAACAAACGAAUGUCCCUCAACCUUGCCUUUGUGCAUAUAAGCUUCGACGUGCUCCGGCUACACGUCCUUGCGGGGGUGUCAUUGUCAAUCAGCAGCAGGUGCGGCCCGGCUCAGCUCCAUAGCAUGUCUGCAUGUGGAUUGCUUGACCACUCUGCUAGAAGUCUUUGCCGUUGACAGCCCCGCACUCACAGGCAGCACACGCCCUCCGGAGUGGCAGGCGAGAGCAGUCACGCGUAUGCUGGCCGUGUAGACGUAGAGCGAUGCUGCUGACCUAGCUUAAAUGUAUUCACAAAUUCAAGAUUCCAUUCUGAUCAAGUUCAUUCUGAUUCAAGGUUCCAUUCGUGAUUCUGAUCAAGUUCAUGCACCAUAAUAAUAGGCAUUUAGUCCUUGAUCCAAAUUGUUCUGCUCAUACACACGCUCAGCACGCGGGCGUGAUGGUGCGUCGGGGACCCUCAGUCACGUGAGUCACAACUCCUCGACUUCAACCGUCGAGCGCCAACGAACCAAAAGAGGCGCCACGCCGAAGCGGACGCUCCACACGUGCGUGCAGCAAAGCGUGAUUGCUACGCGUACCCAUACAUGCAGCAGCUGCUGGCCCUGAACUCAUCGCAGAAUCAAAUAGUGAAUGCGCGCACCACUCGUCGUGACUCGCGCGCGGCACUCGAUCGCGUUGACUGCAUGGUGGCAGGUGGCUGAGCAGGUCAUUGGCGUGCGACAGGGACCUCCGCGCGACCUGAACAGCUAUGCCGGUACCUACACAAGUGAUUACGCUCAGACCAGACUUGCUCGUUCUUCCUCUCUCUACACGCCUACGCAGCGGCAACGCACUCAUACUGUGCUGACCGUUCACGCAUCUCUUUCGAUACCUACCCAAAGAUUCGGGCAGCUACCAAGCGCUUCAUUUGUCAUUCCCUGCACCACGAGCACCCGACCAAACCCAAUCCUCUUCUGGGCAGGGCGGCUACAAGAGACUGCGCCACUUCUCUAAAGCCGGUCGGACGCACGCGUGGGCUCAACGCGCACGUACGUACGUGGUCGCUGACCAUCAUCUUGACAAUAGCGUCGCAGAGAUUGACGUUGUCGCACAUUGGCGAACAAGCAAGUGCUAUUGCGAGCCUUUUGUGCCAGCAGGUGGCGCUCGAGUCUGCUUGCAAGUGUCGAAAACUUCUGCUUCGGUGGUAGCACUUGCGCAGCACCGCCAACAUGGUGGGUGGCCACCUCUCCGAUCCACCACAGCUAGAGAUGCGCCCUAACAUCGCAGUUCCUUGACUUUCUCAGGAUCAUAUCGAUGCGAGCCCCACCGUGAUUGGUGCUCCUUCCGAUCAUGGGCACCCACAGCCCAUGGAGGUGGAGGAAGCCAUCUCAGUGCUAGAUCGUAAGUCUUUGGAACGUGGACAGCACUGAGAGCUGCAAUCGGGUAUGGCUCUUGACGUCACAACUUCUUCGUCGGGUGCAGACAGUGCCUUUGCAGCCAAGCAUCUGGCCGAUCUCGGGCAGGAAGAGGCGGACUUUGCGGUCUGCGAUUGGGUCUUGAGGGAUUGGAACGCGCUCGACAAGAGGUUGACAGGGCCCGAGUUUGAGUGCGGUGGUCACAAAUGGUGCGUCGAGGGUGUUGAGCUGCGUCUUUUCUCGACGAGACUCGGCCACUGACUCUCUCCACCGUGUCCCAGGCGUAUCCUGCUUUUCCCAUUCGGCAACUCCAACGGACAGCCGAACGACAUGGUGUCGGUCUAUUUAGACUAUGCAAAUCCCAAGGAAAAGCCAGAAGGCUGGCAUGUUUGCGCGCAAUUCGCGCUGGUCAUUUCGAACUUGAACGACUCCCAAUGUCACUCCACGAGUCGUGAGUGAUGUGUGCAGUGAGGCUUGGCGAUCUGCGCUCUGCUGACCCAGAUGCUUUGAUCCGGCACACCUUUAGAGGCGCAUCAUCGCUUCACCGCAGAGGAGAUGGACUGGGGCUUUACAAGGUUCAACGAGUUGCGAAAGCUGGUAGCGCCUUCUGACGGCCGGCCCAGACCUAUCAUCGAAGAUGGCGCCGCGCGAGUCACGGCCUUUGUACGCGUGCUCAAGGAUCCUACGGGAGUGUUGUGGCACAACUUUAUCAAGUGAGUGAGGCGAGGGGAGGCGAAUCAGACUCUAUGCGCCCGUUGAAGAGUUGGAGGUGCGCGGCGGUGCCGCAAUCUGCUUGGAGCUGCGGACUGACGUCGUCCUUGCGUCCUCUCGCAGCUACGACUCGAAGAAAGAGACGGGCUACGUGGGAUUGAAGAACCAAGGAGCAACUUGCUAUAUGAACUCUUUGCUCCAGUCGUUGUUCUGCACAAAUUACUUCAGAAGAGUGAGUCGGGAACGCAAACUUGCACGCGAUUCUCCUACUGAGCACCUCGUCGCAAUCGCAGGCGGUGUACCAAAUUCCGACAGAACAGGACAUUCCGUCAGAAAGUGUAGCAUUGGCGUUGCAGCGCGUUUUUUAUUUGCUGCAAUCCUCAGAUCAGCCAGUCGGCACGAACGAGUUGACCAAGUCUUUUGGCUGGAAGUCAUUGGAUUCCUUUCUUCAACACGAUGUGCAAGAAUUCAACAGAGUGCUCCAGGAAAAGUUGGAGACCAAGAUGAAGGUGAGAUUUGCCAAUCCUCCGUACUUGCGAUUGAGCACAUCUGAUCGCCUUUUGCUCACGCACAGGGAACUGCUGCGGACGGAGCGAUCACGCGCUUAUUCGUCGGCCGCAUGAAGAGCUAUUUGCGCUGCGUGAAUGUGGACUACGAGUCGACUAGAUCAGAGGAUUUCUACGACAUUCAGCUCAAUGUUAAGGGCAUGGCAGAUCUUCACGACUCCUUCAAGGAUUACAUUCAAGUCGAGAUGCUCGAUGGCGAGAACAAAUAUGCAGCCGAGGGGCACGGUCUGCAAGACGCCAAGAAAGGCGUCAUCUUUGAGAGAUUUCCGCCCGUUCUCCAUUUGCAGCUGAAGCGAUUCGAGUACGACAUGGAAAAGGAUUCGAUGGUCAAGAUCAAUGAUCGCCACGAAUUCCCCCUUGACAUUGAUCUAGGAGAGUUCAUCGACAAGGACUCGGAAGUAGCUGGGGAAGAUUGGAAGUACCAGCUGCAUGGAGUGCUGGUGCACAGCGGCGAUCUGCACGGCGGACACUACUUUGCGCUCUUGAAACCCGAAAAGGACGGAAAGUGGUUCAAAUUCGACGACGAUCGCGUCACGCCCGUGACUCUGAAGGAGGUGCUUGAGGACAACUUUGGCGGAGAAAUUCCAAACGGCCAUCUCGGAGGCCAAGUUGGCGCCCGCGCGCCCGUCAGAGCGAUGAAGCGCUUCACAAACGCGUACAUGCUCGUCUACGUUAGGCAGCGGGCUGCUCCAGAAGUGCUCAAGCCCUUUGCUGUCGAAGAUACGCCCGCACAUCUUCGCGAGCGUCUCGAAGAAGAAAGGCUCGCAAUCGAGGCCCGGAAACGAGAGCGCGAGGAGCAGCACUUGUAUCUUACGGUGAAGGUGAGUCGCAGCAUAUUUGCGGAGACCGUUUUGCGACCUCACUGACCUAGUGCUCGUCGCUGUUGCGCGCAGCUCAUCACUGAAGACACAUUCAAGGGCCAUCAAGGUUUUGACUUGGCAACCUUUGAAGAGCGCAAUUUACCGGCGACGGAACUGGCUUCUUUCAGAGUUCUCAAAACGGAGUUGUUUCUCAACUUUAAGGCGCGCCUUGCACAGCAGUACGGCAUGUCCGAGGAAAGUAUCAGGCUGUGGGUGUUGGUCAAUCGUCAAAACAAGACUGUGCGGCCAGACACGCCAGUGCCAGAGUCCGACCCCAAUCUCACUCUAGAGACGGUGCGGGACAGGAUGGCUUCAAGACAGAACGAUUUGCGCUUGUACCUGGAGACCAUUUCGCCCGACACAAAUUACGGGGUCCCAGAUCCGCCCCUCAUGAUCUUUCUCAAGUACUUUGACGUCACUCGACAAACUCUGACCGGCCAAGGGAGGGUGUACGUCACCAAGGCAAUGAAGGUGGCGGACUUGGUACCGACCAUCAAUCAGAUGAUGAGGUGGCCCCCGACCGUGCAAGUCCGACUGUACGAGGAGAUCAAGCCGGGCAUGAUCGAACAGAUGAAGCCCAAGGCGACUUUUCAGCAGAGCGAGAUUCAGGAUGGAGACAUCAUCUGCUUUCAGUCUGAAAUGUCCGAGAAGGAGUGAGUGCACGCGAGCUUGCGAUUCGAGAUUUGCUAGCGAGAGGGUCCCGCGAAGGUGGGCGCGUUGCUGACGCGCCGAAUGUACCACAGUGCGCACGACAUUGAAGCGCAGUCGCUAUACUCUAACCCGAUCCAGUUUUACGACUUUUUGCAAAAUCAAAUCAAGGUCUUGUUCAAGCCAAAAGCCGAGGAUGCCGAAUACAAGGGGGAGUUUGAGUUGACCUUGUCCAAAAAGAUGACCUACGACAUGGUGCGUUGCGAGGAUCAUGCAUCGCCUCGUCGCUCCGCUCACAUGCUCGUCCACGUCCUCCUCAGAUGGCCGCCAAGUUCGCGGAGCGGUUGAAGCACGACCCCCUCAAGCUCAGAUUCACCACUGCGAAUGGACCGAACGGCACGCCCAAGACUGUCCUGAAGCGCACCGCAAAUCAGACUGUCAACGAGAUUGUUUCGCCGAGCUACAUUCAAGGACAAGCAUCUCUGCUGUACUAUGAAAAGCUAAACGUCUCGAUUGUCGAGCUGGAGACCAAGCGCAACUUGAAAGUGUGGUGGAUGGGGGCGCACAAUAAGGAAGAGGUGCGUGGCGUCGGCCGUGCUGCGCAGGGCGGUUGUGCGAUACUGACCGCGUCUUUCUUGCAGGCCGCUCAUCAAUUCCUCAUGCCCAAGACGAGCUCAUUCAAUGAGGUGGCAGACUACCUUUCCAAGCAAGUGACACUCGAGGACGGCGGCAGCGGCAAAAUUCGCGUGUUCGAAGUCGUCAAUGGCGGUCGGCAGCAGCGGGACAUACCUGGCGCAGAAAUGAUUGGCAACAUCAACGAGACUGCAGAGCUUUUUGGCGAAGAAGUUCCCAUUGAGGAGCUCCGGAUCAGUGACGAAGACCGGAUCAUCAACUGUUUCCACUUUUCCAAAGAGGUCCACAGGAUCCACGGUGUGCCUUUUAAAUUCAUUAUCAAGCCGGUGAGUUGCACGGGCGCACGAGCACGAGCACAAAGGUGUACGCUGACAGAUGACUCGUACGCAGGGAGAGAAAUUUGCCGACACCAAGCAAAGAUUACAAGCGCGCAUCGCGGUGCCGGACAAGGAAUUUGCCAAGUUUAGAUUCACGCUGGUCAUGUCGAGCACGUACAAGCAGCCCAACGUCUUGCAAGACGAUGAUGUCCUGUGAGUGGACGAUGGAUGAAGCGCGCGACGUGGGAAGCGUUGCAAUAAUGACGCCUGACAUUCUUGCCCACCACUAGUUUCGAGCACAAGUGGAUGACAGACGAUGCUUUGGGUCUCGAUCACAUUGAUAGAGCGACAAAGUCUGGAAGAAUCGUCACGGCCGCGCAAGAUCGUGGCAUUCGUAUCCGGAAUUAA